AUGUCCUAUACAUGGGUUCUUGCUGGUACGCUGCCUCCUGGCCAAUGGGUUUUAUUGCCCUCUGUUCCUCCGGCAGCUAGUCUGCUUCCUCCUGGGAAUCGUCUGCUUCCCCCCGGAAAUGGUGUUCUCCCUCCUGGGAAUGGUACUCCUGGAUCACGGUUAGAAGAAACAGUCUCUUCUCAGCUACCUACCGCUAUUUCAGCCACUAAGACCGACUUUGAGAUCAAAACUGCGAUAUGA